CUGGCAUGUAGCUUAUGGAGACGUUAUGGAGACGAUGCCCAUCCCUCGCUAUGUUUUUUGCGAACCGUGUUGUGUUCUGUGAAUUUUGAGGAGCCACAAGCUGACAAAUGGAGGAUCUCAGCGUUUAAUAAACUCACUGGAGCGCGAAUCUGAGCCGCCAAUGAAGCCAAAACACGAAGAUGCGGAAGUAAAUGUGGAGGGGCUGCCGCAGGAAGGCAGGGUGAACAUCGGUGCUGCCUUCCCCAGGUGGAAAGCACUGAAGAGGGACAAAUGUUUCCAGACUGACGCUGAACUUGCGUGUUUUCUGCUGGACAGCUAUGAGAGAAGUGCCACACCAUCGUCUGCUAUGAAUGGAAAAUUUUCAGAUCAUCAGCAGCUGUUGCCAGUUAAAGAAGAGGUUCGCUGGAGUCCCAGUCUGGACCAGCAGGACACAGACCUUCAUCACAAAAAUGAGGUACAUGAGGGAGAACAGUUUGAUGGCGUGGUUGAGGCUGAUAUCACCAGGUUUCCAAUUAGUCCUGUGAAGAGUGAAGAUGAUGAUGAGAAACCUGACUCCUUGCAGCUUCAUCAAAGGCCUCUGACCAGCUGCUCAAAUAAACAAAUGAAAACAGAAACUGAUGGAGAGGACUGUGGAGGACCAGGAUCAGCCACUGACCCAAACCCACAACCGAGUCCUGAUUCUCUUGAGAUGGAAGUCAGCUUUGGUGAUAAAUUGCAGAAACCUGAAACUGAAGACAGUGAUGAUGGUAGAAAGAAGAGCAGGACACUUGAGUCAGGCAAAAAUGAAGAUCUGGAAUUUAACAGUGCCAACACAUCCUUCAACUGCUCUGACUGUGGUAAACAUUUCUUUUAUAGGCAAACUCUUCAGAGACAUGUGACAAGUCACUUGGGAAAAAGGACAAAUAAAAAAUGUUUUAAAAUGACGCAAAAUCCACAUUCACAGAUGGCGGGCCACAAAGAAGAGAAACUGUUUGAUUGUGAUGUCUGUGGACAAAAAUUUAAGAGAGAAGCAAAUCUUACAACACACGUUAGAGUUCACACAGGCGAGAAACCAUUUAGCUGUAACGUUUGUGAAAAAACAUUUAGACAUCAGUAUAAUCUCUAUAGACAUUUGAAAAUCCACACAGGAAAGAAACCAUUUAGUUGUGCUGUUUGUAAUAAAACAUUUUCACAACGGUGGGACCUGAAAAGACACAAGAUUGUCCACACAGGAGAGAAACUCUUUAACUGUAGUAUGUGUGGCAAAAAAUUUACACAGAGGAUGCAUUUUAAGAGACAUAUGAGGGUCCACACUGGGGAGAGACUGGUUGGUUGUGAUGUCUGUGGUAAAAGAUUUAACUGUAAGAGAAACCUAAAGACACACAUGAAAGUUCACACAGGAGCGAAACCAUACAGUUGUGAUAUUUGCAAUAAAAGAUUUUCACAACCAGGAAUUUUGAAAAGACACAGGAGCAUCCACACAGGAGUUAAGAGCCUUCGACCAGAUGACCCAAGAUGUCGUAGUUUGAUGGCACUCGUGACACAAUCAGCUGCUUCAGAACUGGUGCCGACACAAGUCUUGAACAGAGUAGAUGGUCAGCAGACGUUCCUGAUUAAAGAGGAGUUUCCCUUGAGCUCCUUUGUGGACCAGCAGGACUCAGACCUCUAUCAGAUAAAGGCAGAACAGAAGGAACUCAUCACCUGUCGUGAGAGAGAGCACUUUAAUGGGCUGCAGGAAACUGAUAUCACCAGGUUUCCAGUCACUGCAAUUCGAGUGAAGAGUGAAGAUGAUGAAGAGAAACGUUACUGCUCGCAACUUAAUCAAGACAACAAUGAUUCCGAGCCUCCAAGCAGCUGCUUAGAAAAACAAAUAAAGUCAGAAACUGAUGGAGGGGACUGUGGAGAGCCAGACCCUGACAAAAACCAGUCUGGUCAUUUAAAAGAAAAUACUGAUGGAAAAGUUUCUGACUCUUGUGAAACCGAAGUCAGUAUUGAUGAUGAUGAUGAUGAUGAUGAUUGGCAGGAGCCUUUGACAGACUCUGGACCAGAAACUGAAGUCAGUAGCAAUGGUUGGAAGGACAGCAGGGCUCUUGAUUCAGGUGUAAAGUGUAAACGGUCUCUUCAGAAACAUGUGAUCAGUAGUUCAGGGAGAAGGUCUUCAUACUGUUUAGCUAAUAAGAAAUGCUUAAAAGUGAACCGAACUGAUUUAGAAGGAAUCCAAACAGAAGAUAAACCAUUUGGCUGUGAUACUUGUGGACAAAGAUUUAAUCAAAACGCACAUCUAAAGACCCACAUGAGAAUCCACACAGGAGAGAAACCAUUCCGCUGUAACAUUUGUGAAAAAAUAUUUAGACAUCAAUACAACCUUAACAGACAUAUGAGAGUCCACACGGGAGAUAAACCAUUUAGCUGUGGUGUUUGUGGACAAAAAUUUAACCGUAACACAAAUCUCAAGACGCAUAUGCGGAUUCACACGGGGGAGAAACCAUUUGGUUGUGGUCUUUGCAGUAAAAGAUUUUCACAGCCUGGGGAUCUGAAAAGACAUAAGAGUGUCCACACAGGAGAAAAACCAUUCAAAUGUAGCAUUUGUAGUAAAAGAUUUACGCAGAGGAUUCAUUACAAAACUCACAUGAGCGUUCACACAGGAGAAAGACCAUUUGGUUGUGACUUGUGUGGCAAAACAUUUAACAGAGAAGGAAAUCUGAAAAUCCACAAAAGAGUCCACACAGGGGAGAAACCUUUUGGUUGUGAUAUUUGUGGACAAAAAUUUAACCAAAGCACAAAUCUGAAGACACACAUGAGAGUCCACUCUGGAGAAAAACCUUUCCACUGUAGCAUUUGUGGAGAAAGAUUCACGCGAGAGGGAAGUCUGAGGAGACACAUGAGACGCCAGGGAAUGAACCAUUUGAUUGUGGUGAAAAGUUUACAUGACAGUAAUCAUAAUGUAAUUAAAUGAAUAUUUUUUAAUAUAUGUCGACAAAACAUAUAUAAUGCAAUGGUGGUUUUUCAGUAUUUCUAAUUAUGUUAUUUAUUAUAAAUCUGUAAAUUAUAUAAUACUAAACAAUAAAACUGGGGGAG